GGCGGAGGGCGGGGGCCGGGCCUGGCAGGAGCGCGGCGGGUCCGGCGUCGGUGGGAGGGGAGGGGUGAAAAAAAAUAAAUAAAUAAACCCCGCUGCCCGCCCCGGGGUCGUGCUGAGAACCGGUGCCCGUUCACCAUCGGAGGAGUCCUUCAUGGCAGUGUAAUGUCAUCGACGCUUGGAAAGCUGUCUCUUGGCACGAGGUAACAAACACCAUGAUAUGGGACUUAUUUAUUGAAAUAUAUUUUCUGGAAUGAAGUAGACAAGCAACGUAGGAAAGGUGUAAUUAUUUAUAAGUAAUGACAGUUCAUUUGUCUUUAGAUACAUAUUUGUUCUUUGUGAUUAACCCAAAAAGUCUUUGGUGGAAGCAAAGAAACAAAUACCUGUGUUUGUAUAGACCUAAAGUCUUCUGGAGAAUAAAUCAUGGCGUUCAUCUUAGAGUUUUCCAUACAAGCGCGCCUCAGUGUAAAUGGGCCAGAAGCAGGACAUUUUGGUAUAACAAACACAUUUACAGCCAUGACUUCUUAUACUACAGAGUUUCUAAACUGUUGACUUCUUCUUCCAAAGGACUCACAAAAGUGAACAGUCGCAUGUCACGAAUUAAGAAUACUAUAGAGUCUGUUUCAAAGGCAGUGUCUGGCACUCACAGUGAACUGGUGUCGCGGAUAGCUUGGUUAAAGUCACACUCAGGUACUCUAGGAAAAACACCUAAAAGUAAUGCAGAUGAAAAUAACCUCAAUGCCAGUCUGGAAAAUGGUAAACAAGUUACAGAUGCCAGAACUCAGGAGGAUUGCAACAGAGGCCUAGCUGCCAGGAAAUCCACUGAUGCAAACGAAAGCUUGGAGUCUCUGUUAAAAAACUCAAGCGGCGCUAAUCAAGAUACUUCAGAAGAUUCAGCCUCUAAAACCCACCUUUUUCACAUAAGCUACCUAUCUACAAAUUUUGGAGAGACUUACAACUUUGUAGCUGACCAUAUCAACUGGUACUUCAGUAAUAAUUCCGUAAUGGAUCAAGAGAAAAAGAGGAAUGCUUUGUUACAGGACUCUAAAAGUGAAGUGACAAAUAAGCUUGAUUCAUCGGGAAAUACUGUAAUUACUGAAGAAAAGACAGUGACUUCAGCAGCUCCUUUAGCUCCUGAAACAGAGACUCAGGAUGCUGAAAAGACAAGUACUGCUCUUCCAGUUUCCACUAAGAAAAGUAUUGCAAACUUUCUUUCCUAUCCCAGUAACAGUGUACAAGCUUUUGUAGACAGUUACAUUGGUGGGUUGGUGCCCAAGUUAAGGUCGGAAACAAAAGUUGCUGCACCAGAAAAGAGUAAACAGAUAGAGCAAGAAGGGUCUGGGAAGGAUGAGGAAGACAAACCAAAAGAGAGUAAGACUGCAGAAGACAGGGAAAAGCAUCUGUCCAUUCAGAGAGAAAAGAUCAUUGCACGAGUGAGUAUUGAUAACAGAACUCGAGCUUUAGUUCAAGCCCUACGAAGAUCCUCUAAUCGAAGAAUCUGUAUCAGCAGGGUUGAAGAACUGACUUAUCAUCUUCUGGAAUUUCCAGAGAGCAGAGGAGUUGCAAUUAAGGAAAAAGUAAUCCCCUGCCUACUGCGACUGAGACAAGCAAAUGACGAAAGUCUUCAGGCUGCUGUUAGAGAGACUUUAGCAAUAAUUGGAUAUACAGACCCUGUGAAAGGCUGGGGAAUUCGAGUCCUUGCUAUUGACGGAGGAGGAACAAGGGGCUUAGUUGCACUUCAGACACUACGGAAACUAGAAGAACUUACUGGAAAGCCAGUUCAUCAUCUUUUUGACUACAUUUGUGGUGUAAGCACAGGAGCUAUAUUAGCUUUUAUGUUGGGGUUGUUCCAUAUUCCUCUGGAUGAUUGUGAAGAACUGUAUCGCAAGUUAGGAUCAGACGUUUUUAAGCAGAAUGUAAUUGUUGGAACAGUCAAAAUGGGUUGGAGCCAUGCCUUUUAUGACAGCGAUAUCUGGGAAAAAAUGCUCAAGGAAAAAAUGGGCUCAAAUCUUUUGAUCGAAACUGCAAGAAAUUCCAAAUGUCCAAAGGUAGCUGCAGUAAGCACCAUUGUAAACAGAGGAACACCACUCAAAGCAUUUGUUUUUAGAAACUACAAUCACUUUCCUGGGGUUAAGUCUCAUUAUAUUGGAGGCUGUCAAUAUAAACUCUGGCAGGCCAUCAGAGCGUCAUCUGCUGCACCAGGUUACUUCCAGGAAUAUGUCUUGGGCAAUGAUCUUCAUCAGAGUUCAGAAUAUGAAGAAGUGGACAGGAGAUGCCAGCGCAUUGACCGCAGCAGCACAAAACACAAAGGAAAGGGGUGACUCAUGUAUGUUUGGGAAGUGAAAAAGAUUGCAAUUACACUGAGAACUAAUGAAACGAGAGAAGACGGUGAAACGUAGUCAAGGACAAACGAUCUAAGAACGGGAGAACAAACACUGAGGCACUGCUCUACUCUGGCUGUUUGCCUAGCACAUAGUCAGAACUUCAGAUAAUUGCACAUUUUUGUGGAUGUCGGUCAGCACUUCAGUUAUUUAAAGAGUUCCUGUAAGUUUCGGUUCAUUUCCAAACUAAGAGCAGCAAGUGGAAAAAGCAUAUUUGCAUAUAUAUUGUUUUUAUAAGACUUCUGACGGUACUGACAAAGUCCCAUUUCUUGUAAGAAUGGCUUUUAAAAUGGGUUGAUUUUACAGCUAAAAUAACAUGCCUUUACAAUGUUUCAUGUGCUAUUUCUUCAAGUAGAGUAGAACUUUAGGAAAAUCGAAAGAGGUUGAGGCCUCAGGAGGUAGUCUUGUCCAGCCUCCUGUUCCAAAGCAGGUAAACUUCAAAGUUAGGGCAGCUUUCUCAGGGCAGGGCCUCACCCAGCUGAAUUUUGAAAAUAUCCCAGAAUGGAGAUUCUACAGCUUUCUCUAUCUGCACUCUGUUCUGCACUUCUUAAAAAGAGUCUGGUUGUGUAUUCUUCCCUCUUUCAAUAGUAAAAGACUGAUUAGAUUCUUCCUUGGCUUUCUCUUUUUCCAGGCAGAGCGAACCCAUAUUUCUGCCUGUCUUCUCACUUGUCAUGUUCAGCCCCCAAAACAUCUUCGUGGUUCUUUACCGUCCACGUUCCAGUUUCUCAGUAUCUUGUAACUGGGCACAAUAUUCCCAGUGUGACCUCGAGUACUUAAUAAAAGGGAAUAAUCACUUCACUCGACCUACUGGUUAUGCUUUUAACCUACCGUCAUUAAUAUUCAUUCAUGCAAAUGUGUGUUGAUAAUAUAGUAUUAUGUCUAAUAAACCAUUCACGUUGUUUUUUCUAUAUGUACACAGAUUACUGCUGUGGUAUGGCUCUUAUCUAGUAAUGUAGAUAAAAGGUGCACCACAGUACUUGGAAAUGCUUUAGUCUGUCAAAAAGAAGCUGAAUUUAUUAGGAACUGAAAAGGUUUAGGACCACACAAAACACUGCUUUCUAGAACUGGAAUUACAUCUGAAGCUUAUAGUGUAAUUUAAACUAUCACUUUAUGUCAACAAGAUUUUUGUGAUGCUAUAUGUGGUAUAAAAAUGUUUUUUUAUUUACUUUAUUUUGUUUAUAUGAAGGCUUUGGGAGAGCAGAAUUGUGCUAUCCUAGCAUGGAUCCAUUACAUGUUUGCUCUUCCAUUAUAUAUAAUGUUGUGAAAAUAUAUUUAAUUAAAAUAGAUAAUGGACACGAGGGAUACAACAAUUUUCGUACACUUUGAAGGUUGCAUUCUGUCACAGUGCAUUUUGCAUGUCUUGCUAAUGUCAACAUUUGUUAAUCACCAUACUUUCAAACAUCGUAAAACACACAUAAAACUAUUUACAAAA